UUAGUCGUCAGUUGUAAGAUGGCAUCCCCCCGACCGAGAUCCCCUAGACCCAUUACUCCUAGAAAAGAUGAUGAAUCUUUUUGGGAAAAGAUUGGUACUUUGGGUAGAAAAAAGAGAAUUCGUGAGGUUCAAGAAGUGCAAGAAGAAGGUAAAAAUGCAAUUGACUCACCUGGAAGCCCUUCCAAUGGAGAUUUCCCUCCUGAAAUUUAUUCACUUGAAGAAAAUGAAGAAAUGUCAAUUAUUCAACCCGAUUCUUACAAGGAUUCGAAGCUCAGAGCUUUAAUUAAUGUUCUCAUUGACUGGAUUAACGAUGAGUUAGCUAACCAAAGAAUCAUUGUGAAGGAUCUAGAAGCAGAUUUGUAUGAUGGUCAAGUUCUUCAGAAAUUGUUAGAAAAACUGGCUGGUCAAAAACUUGAUGUACCUGAAGUUACACAGUCUGAGGAAGGUCAACGUCAAAAACUUAGAGUUGUUCUAGGAACUGCAAAUGUUAUUCUUGGAAAAAGUCGAUGGUCUGAAGAUAAGUGGAGUGUUGAAAAAAUUCACUCAAAGAACUUGGUAGCAAUGCUUCAUCUACUUAUUGCCUUAGCGAGACACUUUAGGGCUCCUAUCAGACUUCCGGAAAAUUUAACUAUUAACAUCAUUGUUGCUAAGAAACAAGGAGAUGGUACUAUCAAGCAUAAAACUGUCCCUGAAGAAUUGACAUCUUGUUAUGAUGAUGUUGGUAUGAGGUGCCAAAGAGAUGCUUUUGAUGAUUUGUUUGAUGCUCCUGACAAACUACAUGUUGUAAAGAGUUCGUUAGUAACAUUUGUUAAUAAGCAUCUGAAUAAGUUGAACUUUGAAGUAAACGAACUCGACAGCCAGUUUCAUGAUGGAGUUUAUUUAAUUGUUCUACUGGGAUUGUUGGAAGGAUUCUAUGUCCCAUUAUACGAUUACCAUGUUACACCUCAUGACUUCGAGCAGAAAGUUCACAAUGUUUCAUUUUUCUUCCAACUCAUGCUGGAUAUUGGAUUACCCAAGUCCAAAGCUCGCCCUGAAGAUGUUGUCAAUAAAGAUCUAAAGUCUACAUUAAGGGUCCUUUAUAACUUAUUUAUGAAGUAUCGAAAUCUAAACUAAACUAAUAGACUAUAAUAAGUGCCUUGUUAAUUCCUUUAAAGCUUU